AUGUCGGCUGCUGCUUCGUAUCAAGACCGCGCCCGCAGCAAGCGAUCUGCGCAGGCGUCCCUAAUUCCUCCAGAAUGGCGGCUGCAAUCAGUCCCCUCUGUCGAGGACGCGCCGGACGCGGUAGCAUACAUCCGGAACAGCAGCAACAAGCUCUUAUCGCCACGCGAACUCGCCAUCACCGAGAUAUCAGACAUCAAUGCCUUGCUGCGCAAACUGGCGAGCCGGCAGCUGUCGUCGCUGGAAGUCACGAAAGCCUUUGCCAAAAGAGCGGCACUGCUACAUCAGCUGACGACGUGCUGCACCGAGAUCUUCUUUGAAGAUGCCUUUACACGUGCCACACAGCUAGACGAGCACUUGCGAAGGACAGGGGAGACGGUUGGCCCGCUGCACGGCCUGCCCGUUUCUAUCAAGGAUUUGUUUGGCGUAGAAGGAGUAGAUACAUGCAUUGGAUGGGUAGGUCUCACAAACAAGCCGGCAAUGCAGGAUGGCAAUGCAGCCGCAACGCUACGCCGAUUGGGUGCUGUGUUAUAUGUCAAAACCAACGUUCCACAAUCGAUGAUGAUGUCAGACUCUUAUAACCACGUCUUUGGACAGUGCGUUUCUUCAAUUAACCGGAACUUGAUUUCCGGGGGAAGCUCCGGGGGUGAAGGCGCUUUGAUUAGUGGUAGAGGCAGUAUACUCGGCAUUGGGACAGACAUUGGCGGUUCCAUUCGCAUUCCGGCAAAUAUGUGUGGCUUGUACGGACUGUCGCCGAGCACCGGUAGACAACCGUACGAGCGAAAUGGUCCCCGACAAGACACUAUUCGCUCAGUUGCCGGACCCAUGUCGCGGUCCCUGACAGCUAUAGAAAAAUACAUGGAGGCUCUACCGGCGGCGAAACCAUGGGAGAUUGACCCACAGGUCAUACCCAUGCCGUGGAAGUCAGAACUGUGCACGACGACCAAGACACUAAAAAUUGGGUACAUUAUUGACGACGGCGUGGUCAAAGUGCAGCCCCCGGUUGCGAGAGCAGUUAGAGAAGUGGCUGAUGCUCUGCGAGCUGCAGGUCACGAAGUAUUUGAAUGGGAUGCUUCGACUCAUGCCUAUGCUUAUAAACUCUGGGAGACGGCUAUUUUAGCUGAUGGCGGCGAAGGGUGUCGAAAGCUGUGCGAACUCAGCGGCGAGCCUUUGAUCGACGGCAUGCUCGUUGGAAAGCCCGAGAACAAGUUGACAAUAGAGCAAGCGCACCAACUCAACGCGGACAAACACGUCUACGAAACGGAGUAUCUGCGCCGGUGGGUCUCGUCUGAGAUGGAUGCCCUGAUCAUGCCCAUCAUGCCCUGGGUCGGGUACAAGCCGUGGACAUGGGUGAAGAGUCAUCAGUAUGUGGGAUACUCGUCGAUAUGGAAUUUGCUGGAUUACCCAGCGCUGGCGAUACCUGUGACGACAGCGGACAGACAAAAGGACCGCCCAGAUGACGAGUGGAAGAACCAUCGACCGAGGAAUAAGGGUGAUGAAUUCAACCAUCAACAAUAUGAUAUAAACUUGGUACAAGGCAUGCCCGUGGGCGUGCAGCUCAUCACGCCCAAGUUGCAGGAAGAGAAAUGCAUUGCUGUCGCCAAGGUCAUUGACGAGGCGCGCUCUCUUCAGCAUGGAGAGUCGAAGUUAUGA